GUUACAUCAGCAGCUACCUCCUGAUAUGGAUAAUCCCACCGCCACGCGACCUCCGACUAUAGAGCUACCUAAAUAUCCAGCAACAAGACAACCCCUGCUUGUCUGCCACACCCCGAUGGAACUGGAGCUGAAGAGCGAGGGCCGGCUCGAUGGCGGAUGAACAUCUGCUCCGCAAGAUCCACAGUCUCAGCGACCUCGAGCUCGCCGUCCUCCUCUCCCUUGUCGCGAAGGAGCACUGCCUGGUCAGCACUCCGGCCCCGGCCGUCGAUGAGCUCGUCGAAGAGCUGCGCCUGAUCUCGAUCAAGACCUUCGGCCUCGCCCCCGCCGUCAUCUCGUGCCACCCGCACACCACCCUCGACGACUUCGCGACCGCCCUCCUCCUACCCCACUCUCCCCAACGGCCCACGUCCCCCAACCGUCUUGCUCGCCCUCCCCAUGACCCGCCAGCCUCGUACUUCCCCUCCCAUCCUGGCUCCGGCCGCCGCCACCACAACCACCACCACCGCCCCCGCGCUUACCAGCAGCAACAGCAGCAGCAGCAGCAGCAGCAGCAGAAACCAUUCUCCCCCCUAGCCCCCGCCCAUAUCGCCAACGUGGUGAUAGCCAAGAACCUUGACCGCGCCCCAAAAGCCGUGCAGAUCCAAGCCCUAGAGCUGCUGCGCACCCGCCGCGUCUUCACCCGCUCGGCCGUACAGGCGGCGCCGAGGCAGUUCCUGUUUGUCGCCGCCGUCGCGGACCCCGGCCCCGGCCAUGGCCGCAGCGGUGGCGGCGGCGCACGCGGGGAGCUGACGCCCCACCUGAACGACCUCCUGUACCUGGCACACUGGCAUGACCCCGAGGACGGCUUCGCGAACCUGGACGGGGAGCCGCCGGCGCCGCAUCAGCCGGGCUGGGACGCAGACGCAGGUGUGGAUGUGGAUGUGGAUGUGGAUAGCGCGUCGACGGCGUCGAGCGAGAGCGUCGUCAAGACGCACGGCUCGGGCCCGCGGUCGGCGAGCCUCGUCUUCCAGGCCGACAACGACCGGGACAACGGGAGCGGCAGCGGCAGCGGUGGCGGGCAGCCGAUCAUCACGGAGGCGGACCUGUCGCUGCUGGCCUCGCUCGGGGCGCGGGCGCGCGUCGACGUGGACGUGGUGCGGUACCGGAUGAACGUGGUGUCGUUCCUGCGCAUGCACCGCGCCGUGGCCGGGGGCGUCUCGCCGGCGGCCACCAAGCACCUCGAGCGGCUGGCCGGUUGCCUCGCGCCGCUGCACGGCCUCGACUACGUCACCCCGUCGCUGGUGGCUCUGGCGGCGAGGAAGGUCUACCUGCACCGUGUGCGGCUGGUCUCGCCGGCGCACGAGAGGAGUAUGCAGUGGGGCAGCGAUUUGGCGGCGAUCGAGGCUGUUUUGGAGGGAGUUGGCCCUGCGGAAGUCAUUGAGGAUGUCCUCAGCAUGGUUGCCGCACCUGUCUGAGGCUCGAGAGGAAUAGCUGCAACUGGGCGGGCAGCUGUGGCGAUGCUGGUUGACUCCCUAGCAUAACGGACUACUUUGAGAGUGAAGCGACGCUUUAUCGUCUAGAUACAAGACAAGCUGAAAAAGCUUUAAUUACUGGGUUAAUAUGCUAAUAUUCUAAUAUUCAUACACUUUCCCGUGAC